GAACAUAUCAAUUUGACAGGGCCUAGACGGUUUGACAAAGAAGGGUUAUUUUAACGGUCAUUUUAAUUAUCUUAAACAAUUAUUUUGAAGAAAAUAUAUGUGAAAUGGCAAGAAAUAAAAAAUCUCCUAAAAAAAACACCACCGCACCACCUGAGAAAGCCCCCGUAGCGCAUAAUUCAACAAUUCGAAAAAGACGUCGUAAAAAUCUAUGGUUAAGAGAAAUAAAGAAGUUACAAAAAACCACGAAUUUACUUAUUCCGAAGGCCGCUUUCUGCAGAGUGGUUAAAGAAACACUACAAAAAAUAGGAGCAAAUGAUAUGAGAUUUACAGCAACAGCUAUUGAGGCUUUACAUGAAGCUGUUGAAAUUUAUAUGACACAAUUCUUCGAAGACGCUUACUUGUGCACAGCUCACCGAAGAAGAGUUACUUUGAUGCCCAUUGACAUUCAUUUGUGCAGACGUCUUCGAGGAUUAGGAGACGUUAUAAAUUCGUUUUAAGAAUCUAUAUAUUAUUUACUUUCACCGAUGCUAGUCAUAGUCAAAG